UGUUCAAUUGGUUGUGUUUUAUAAGCAUAAGGUUUGUGAAUGCCAAUGGCUGAUUUCUGUUUUCAUUCUUCUUUGUGUGGUUCAUGUCUGUGAUCUUACCGAUAUAAAGAUGCAUUCUUUUCUUUGUAUCUUGAAAUUUGGUUCAUCUGAUUUUGUUUGGUUGCCACUAUUUCAAAAUCACUUAACCAUUUAAACAGUAUGUAUUUCAAAAUCACUUAACCAUUUAAACAGUAUGAAAUGCUGGUGCCAUUCAGUUGAUUUUCUAUAUACUUUUAUUUCCUUUCACAAAAGAUAUGUGAUGACCAAUGGAAGAACAUAUAUGAUAGAAUUGAUCACAAGUCAUAUAGCCUUCUGCUGUCCAAAGUAGCCGCAUAACUGCUGAUGUUGGUGAUUCUUCCUUCAACUGUUGCAAACAAUACAUGGUACUGCAGAACUAUUAUCAUCAUUAUUCAGCUGCUAAUUGGAUAACAAUUUCUCAAGUAUGUGCAGUCCCAUGCUAUGUAUAGUGGUCCUAAUUCUUUUCAUAAUGUCAUUAUAUGUUUCUCUUGCUAGUUACUCCAAUUUCCAACAGAUUAAACCAUGUUGAUUUGUAGGUUUAUUCGGAUCUGGUGCACUUCUAUGCUUGUCCAAUAAUGUCCCAUCGAAGCUUCCGUGGUUCUAUCCUUUUAAUAAUUGAACUUUCCCUGAUUGUCUUAUCUGUCAUUGCUGUGCAAAAGUCAUUUCGCAGCAUAGUUCUUCAUUUGUAUUCUUAUAGUUUGGUGGGUGCUGCUCUUCUGAACAUCAGUACCUAAGUGUAGAAUUCUGUUGCAUAUAGAUUAUAGAUUUCAAUCUGCUUUGCAUGUAGAAUAGAAUUAAUCAGAUUAUUGAAGAGCUUAAGAGCUAAGCGAAUCUGAAAAGGAUUUGAAGAUGUAACUCAUAGAGAAAUGUCCAUAGUUGGAUGUUGUGACGUUUGAGUAUACUUACUACUAAGUUAGUCCCAGUUGCAUUUUGUUGAAAUGCAGAACCAAUUUUUUGGUAUUGUUAUGUUAUGGUGAUAGGGCAUUAGAAGCAGAUUCUACCAUUUUACUCUGUUUCCAGCUAACCUAAAUAACCUAGAGCAAAUAGAUGGUGUAAUAAUCUGUAUGUGGCUUCUAUAUUCCCAUGGCUAUGUGAUCUGCGAACUUAUAGCUUACUGGCCUUAAGGGCUGUAGAUCCACUGUUUAAUCAUCUUGUAGUCCAAGAGAGGUCUUUCUUUGUUAAGGAGUUUCUGGAACUGUCACUCGGUUAUCAUGGUAAUGAGUUUUUGACCAAAUUCAUCCUUAUUGUUUUGCCUCAACUUUCAAUACAUCCUUAUAAUACUCCACUUAACUAAGAACAUCCUUUAAGUUUCUUAAAAAUGAUCAAAAACAUCCUAUUGUUGAGUUUUUCAUCCUUUUCCGACAGAAUGAUCUUUUUCUCUUAAUUUCAUCUCUUUUUAUUUACCAAAAAGAGAAACAAAAGAAGAAUCUCCCAGAAACAAAGAUAUCACUCUUUUCUUGCUUGCCAAAACUAUGUAUCACCACAUUUUGUGAAAGAGUAUCAAGGUUGUGUUGAGUCUUUAAGCUUAAAAUGUUCUUAGUUAAGUGGAAUAUUAUAAGGAUAUAAUGGAAGUUGAAGUAAGACAAUAUUGAUGAAUUUGGUCAAAAACUCUCGUGUUAAUCCUCUUAUGUGAGAUUUACGAAUAUCUAAAAUAGACCUUACAAAAGCCAUACAUUUAGUGGUCAUUUUUGCUUCCAAGUUCCAACCACAAGGAGUAGUUGUUUUCAUUCCCAACCAUGUAGCAUAUGCUCAUUAGUAACAGCUCUUUGACCCAAGCCUUUGCGAAAGUUUCCGUAUGAAUCCUUUAGUAGCUUUUGCAUAUCUUUAACUUUUGUAUGUUCAAUAAACGUGUAUUAUUGUAGUGUGGGACUGACUAUGUCGAGUUGCAUUAUCACCCAGGGUAUUCCCGGAAGAUGCAUUACGUUUCUUUUCUUCUGGUUGCUGGUAGAUGAUUGUAUUGGCAAAAUCUAUGUCUGUGUCAAUUUAUUUCCAUCGCUAAUAUCAGAUGUUGCACAAUACCUGUUUUGUUGCUUCAAGUGUUGUCACGAUCCUGGUAAGUUUCUUCUUUAAUGAUUUUGAUGAAUCAGAAGCUGGUACAGUGUUUUUUUUCCUGGUUAUUUCUACAGUUUUAGUAAAUUGUACUAGUAUAAUUUCUGGUGAUGAGAUAAGUGGGGUCUUGCAAAUGUUAGCUUCACACUCCCUUGUGUCAGCAACACAAAUAUGUGCCAUUUACACUUGCUGGCAAUGACACAUCCUAGUCUACUCUGAUGUGAAAGUUGAGGCUCCACACUCCACAUACUACCAUGAUAUCAAGUAAAGGAUGGAUCUGAGAGCUUUUAACUUUUAUCUUGAGAAAGACGAAUUUUUGCUGCCAAAUUACCUCUCCUGAAAAUUGAAAUUACACGAAAGUUGAACUAUUCGCCAACUCUUUCUUUGCAACUGGGACACGAAUAGAUUCUGCUUGGAAUGGCUUUUCAAAACUCUUUUUAAGUAUUGUCACUCUCGAUGGCCACAUUUUAAUGGCAAAGGUGCCUCCAUUGUUUUAUUUUUGUUUUUCAUCUGGUGUCCGAUCUCUGUUGGAGUUUGACUAAUUCAGAUACGCAUCGGAUAGUAAGGGUAGCGCUUUUCACCAAAGUCAAAGGCUUGAAAUCGAGACUUCUGAUUAAGGAAUAAGUGCAAUUUGCACCACGUCCAUGGGGUUUACUUAAGAAGUUGGGUGUGAUAAAUUAAUCAAGACUUUAUUCAUUGUUCAACGUUUAAGAUUGAUGUUAUUUUUUCUAUACUUAUUAUUGAAAUUUUACUUGAAUUGCACUGCUUACAAAGUUACGGACAAGUAAAUAUUAGUACAACACUCCAAAAAUAGCCCUUAUUCUUUCUUAAAAGAAAGAAUGGUUUGGGCGGCUCACACCGCAACUUACAAAGCACCAUCUGUAAAAUCAAUAUCAUAUCCCUCAACACGUGUAAUACAUUUCCAGCCUUUGGCAGUACCACUUAAUGCAGCUUCUGUUUAUCCUUCAUCUUCGAUGGUUGUAAAUUUUUAGAGAUAUAUAUCCUUUGUUAAAAAAUUAAAGAAGAUGAGCAUGAGUAAUGAAGACAAACCCGUAACAUAUACGGACGUGUUUUCAGUGUCAAGCGAACUUGGUUCAGAAAUUAUAGCGCCAGAAGAUGCAGCAAUAAUGCAAUCAGCAGAGAGUAUAGCACUCGGUCAUGUUCCGCGAGGCGGCCCUGCAUCACUCAUGCAGUCAGCCGCCUCACAGAAUGAGCGAAUUGGUGUUGUAGCUACUAAUGACAUAACUGAUUUCGCCAGAAAACACGGCGUUACCGUUUCUCAAGUUGAAGUUGGGGGUACUCGCGUUGUUUCUGAAUCCGUCGGUGGAGAGGUAGUUGCACAAUAUAUUUAUCCAUCAGAAGCAGGAGGAGGUGGAGAUGAUGAAGAGAGAUCAGCACGAUAUCCUACGACAGGAGUUCAAGAGGAGGCAGUUACGGUAGGUGAAGCACUAGAGGCGGUGGCACUUAAGCCUGCAGGGGACAAACCAAUUGAGCAGAGCGACGCUGCAGCAAUACAGGCUGCAGAAGCAAGAGCUACUGGACGAAGUGAAGUAGUGCCAGGAGGCGUAGGGGCGGAAGCUCAACGUGCUGCUUCGAUAAAUGCUCAAACAGAUGACAAGACCACACUUGGCGAUGUGCUAAGAGAUGCAACGAGCAAGCUUAUAGAUGAUAAGGCAGUGAAGAAGGAAGAUGCAGAAGGCGUGGUGGCUGCUGAAAUAAGGAAUACGCCCGACUUGGCUACACAUCCGGGAGGUGUAGCAGCCUCCAUCACCACCGCAUCUAAUCUCAACAAAUUCUAAUGAAUUGAGAUUUGAAGUGAGUGCUUUUGUUUUGAUUUAUGGUUUUUGUUCUAGGUAGUUGAGUGCAGUGGCACGGAUUCAAGAUUUUUAACAAAAGGGGUUCGAAAAAUAAAAAUAUAGUGCAUGAAGUUUGAACUUGAACCUCAAGUGAAAUUUUAAAUCCUCUAAGUUACUAGUCAAUCUUUUAAAAGUUUAUGUCUAUACAUAAACAAAAUUACCUUAAUUUUUUGUCGAGGGGGUUUUGAUGAACACUCUGACAACCCCCUAAAUCCGCCCUUGGUUGAGUGUACAUAUGAACCAUGGUCGGAUUUUAUGAGUUGGUAGUGGUAUAUAUGGUGGUGUUAAUGUUA